AAACCAUUCCCCAUGUUUUGUUAACUGACAAUCUGUUGACAUUUUGAGUGCAUCAUCAUCAGGGAUGCGGGGUGGGUUUUUCCCGAAGCAUCAAUGGCCAUUCCUCCCCCAGCUGACCACUUAGAGUGCAAAAAUCCUGGCAAAAAUUGGGGUUGCCGCCAAGAUGAUGACUGUGACGCCGCGUCGUCUGUCUCGCAGUGGCACCCGCACGGAAAUUGCUUUUGUUUGCAACUAAAACCGGGGAUGCAGGAAGCAGGAGCAGGGGCCCGAAGGACCUUUAGCAUGCACAGGACUUGGCGCAAACGCAGCGCACACCGAACGAGUGUGGCUAUCAACUUUCCCCCGGCGCAGAAACUCAACUCCGGCCGUUGUGGUUGCCAGUUAAUGGAGUUGGCGUCAGCACGGAGCCGGCGGAUCCGUUUUCAUCGUUUUAGUUGCAAGUCAACCUCGCUCCUGACAGGCUGGCAGGCCAAUCGAAACCGAAACCGUGCCCAAAAACCAAUUGCCAUAGCAGCCAUCCUGGCGUGACAAUAGCGCAAAAACGGAGAAUUCAUAAACAUUCACCUGCCAUUCACAUAGCAUAUUAUAUGUACAUUCAUACACAUCUAUAGCUGCUGCUUUAGUGCUGCCUUUACCUUGACUUGUGUGUCACAUGUAAAUAGGAAUUUAACUCGAUUUUUAUUACAUUAGCCUGGCUCCGUGAUAGUUACUAUUUCGGUUGCUUCCUUCAGUCGCUGGUGAAUCGCAGACAUGGCGGAUGAGGAAACGGGCAAGGAGGGCGAGAAGAAAAUCGUUCAUGUCUAUCCCUUGGUGAAGCAUUCGGACAUGAACGAGGAGAUGCGGAUAGAGGCCAUUGAACUGUCCAUCACCGCCUGCGAGAAAUACUCAUCUAACUAUGAGCACGCUGCCAAAAUCAUCAAGGAAAACAUGGACAAGAAGUUCGGCAUCUAUUGGCAUGUGGUCGUGGGCGAGGGAUUCGGCUUCGAGGUCUCCUACGAGACGGAGAACAUCCUGUACCUGUUCUUUGCCGGCAACCUGGCCAUCGUGCUGUGGAAGUGCUCCUGAAUGCGGGUCAGCAGUCAAUCGAACGUACCUAGAAACCGGAAUCAGAAACCAAAACCGAACCAAACACAAAUUUAGCAUUAACUUUAGUCAUACAUACAGCAGAACACUUACCAUUAACGAAUGUUUGUGAAUACUAAGCCUGAACGUCGGCGAAGCAAUGAAUACCAUGGCAACAA